AGCGUACACACAGGGACACACACAUACACAUAGACGCGGCAGCAUGGCGAACGCGCAAAGAACUCAGAGUCCUCAUAAGCUGUCACAGAGAACAAAGUCAACAUGCCUCCCGCUUUUUCAGCUUUUGUUUUUUGCUAUCUUUCAGGUAGCGCGGGCAAACAAGCAAGCUUUCAUUCAGUCAGACACCAUCCUAGAGGUGCUACAUUUUGGGGAAGCAGGCCUCUUGCAGACAGAGUCUGACAUUGACAUUAGUUCAUAUAAUCAAAAAAGCCCGCCCUUGCACCGGGGAAACUGCAGGCCCAUACGCUUCGAGCCGCCCAUGCUGGACUUCCAUGAACAGCCUGUUGGAAUGCCAAAAAUGGAAAAAGUUUACUUGCACAAUCCUAGUUCAGAAGAAAUUAGUUUAAUAUCUAUAUCAGCGACAACAGCGCAUUUUCACGCUUCUUUUUUUCAAAACAGGAUCAUCCCUCCAGGGGGAAACACAUCAUUUGAUGUGGUCUUUCUAGCGCGAGUAGUAGGCAACGUAGAAAAUACUUUAUUUAUUAACACAUCACACCAUGGAGUGUUUACAUACCAGGUGUUUGGUGUGGGCAUUCCCAACCCAUACCGACUCAGGCCCUUCAUCGGGGCCAGGGUGCCUGUCAACAGUAGUUUCUCUCCCCUCAUAAACAUUCACAACCCACACAGUGAGCCCCUGCAGGUUGUGGAGAUGUACUCCAGCGGGGGCGACCUGCACCUUGAGCUGCCCACAGGGCAGCAGGGAGGGAACAGAAAAUUAUGGGAGAUACCUCCCUUUGAGACGAAGGGGGUGAUGAGGGCAAGCUUCUCGUCACGAGAUGCCGACAACCACACAGCCUUCAUCCGCAUCAAGACCAACGCCUCCAACGAGGACGAGUUCAUCAUCCUCCCCAUGGAGGUCGAGGUCACUGCAGCACCUGGUAUAUACUCCUCCAUAGAAAUGUUAGACUUUGGUACACUAAGAUCUCAAGAUCGACCAAAGCAGUUGAAUUUGCAUCUGCUAAAUUCAGGAAUGAAAGAUGUACCAAUCACAAGUAUACGACCAACGCCAUCAAAUGAUGCUGUGUCAAUAGAAUUCAAGCAAAUCACGCUUAAAGCUGGUGAAAAUAAAUACACCAAAGUUGCAAGUAUUAGUUUUGAUGCGUCAAAGGUGAAAAGACCACCACAGACAUCUGGUAAAAUAACAGUGAAAGCGAAAGAGAAAAGCUACUCCAAACUUGAAAUUCCAUAUCAAGCUGAAGUUUUAGAAGGGUAUCUGGGCUUUGAUCACACGGUCACCCUGUUCCACAUCAGAGACAGCCCCCCAGACCCACAGGACCGGCCCAUAGUCCUCACCAACACCUUCAACUUCCCCAUUCUCAUCCAUGACGUCUCACUGCCGGAAGAGGCCAAAACCAUGUUCAGAGUGCAGAACUUCAGUGACUCUGUGUUGGUGCCGCCCCGCGAGGCCCGCUACAUCUUCUCGCUGCACUUCCGCCCCUCGCGGCCCUCCAUCCACAUUGACAGCAACAUCCUGCUGGUCACCAACGCCUCGCGCUUCCACCUGCCUGUGCGGGCCUACACCGGCUUCCUGGAGCCCCUGGUUCUGCCCCCCAGCCUAGAGGAGCACCUCCUGGACUUUGGUGUCCUCAGUGCCACUGACAGCAGUAGCAUUGUGUUUGUGGUGGUCAACAGUAAUCCCAUAGAGCUGGUGAUUAGGCCUUGGCUGGUGACUGGGGACAGUCUGUCCAUGGAGCUGCUGAGGACGGAGAGGGGCAACAGAACCACCGCGCUGGCCCGGGUCAAAGACCUCCACAACGCCACAGCCUCCACACACAAAACGGUCAUCCUGGCCUCUGGUUAUUAUGCAGCUUUCAGGGUAACGUUGGUUGCUAAGGACCUGGAGGGCGUGUACGACGGGGCGGUGCACAUCACGACAGAUUACGAGAUAUUGACCAUUCCGGUGAAGGCUGUGGUUGCAGUGGGCAGCCUGACCAGUUUCCCGAAACACAUCAUCUUUCCACCAUCUUUCCCAGGUAAAGUGGUGCACCAGUGCUUGAGCAUCAGCAGCUCAUUCUCCCAGAAGGUGAAGGUGCAGCACAUCAUGUCGCUGACAGAAGACCCACGCUUCUACUACAAGCGCCUCAAGAACAGCAAAGAUGAGCUUGAACCCAAACGCAGGUCCAAGGUCGCAAAUAUUUAUUUCGAUGCCAGUUUACAGUGUGGCAACCACUGUUAUGUAGGACUGCCUUUUCUGAGAAAAUAUGAGCCAAAGCCCCACGGGCCUGUGAUGCAGGAGGACCUGUUUGAUGGGGAUGCAGACCUGCACCAGAUGCUGCUCAAGACCUGGGAGGAGAUCAGGGACAGCUCCAGACACGAGGUGGAAGGCGUCUUUGAGGUGAACACUGACCUGCAGAAAAACGUGCAGGCUCGGGUCAGUGCCCGCGUGAUGUGGCCCUCCCUGGUCCAGUCGUCAUGGCAGAUCGUCUUUCCUCUCACCAACACCAACAGCUCCUCCGAAGUGGAAGUUUUACUUGAAAACCCAGCUGAUGUCCCCGUCUACGUUCAGAUCGUCCCCCUGGCCCUCUACCCCAACCCUGCAGCGUUCGCUGAAAAACUCUUAGAGAGGCUCCCAGUCAAAAAUCUCCCCAUUGAUACAACCACUUUAGAGUUCCAAAUCCACAGGAAUCAGAGCUCUCUGACGAGAACCAGCAGCGGCUUCACAGAGGGGCAAACUCGGCCGUUUGUUUACAACCUGCACCUCCUCCCAGGAGAAGCCAAAAGCUUCUCGGUGAAAUUCAGCCCCAUCAGUAACCACACACUGACCUCCUUACUCCUCAUCAGGAACAACUUGACGGUGGUGGACUUCUUGCUGGUGCAUGGCCAGGGCACCUACGAGAGCCUGAAGAUGGCGGGCAAGCCCCCUGGACCAGGCAGCUCCCUACGCUUCAAACUGACCGAGGCACUCCUGAGGGACUGCUCAGAGAAAGUGAAGCUGAAAGAGCCCAACUUCAGCCUAAGAAGAUCCUUUAAAGUUGAGAACACAGGCCGGCUGCCCCUGCACAUCAAAGCCAUGGAGAUCAACGGCUACGCCUGCGAAGGCUACGGCUUCAAAGUCGUCAACUGUCAAGAGUUUGUGCUCAAUCCAAACGUGUCCAAAGACAUUGUUAUAAUGUUCACGCCAGACUUCACAGCGUCGCGUAUUAUUCGCGAGCUGCGGCUGGUGUCAGCGGGCGGCUCGUCGUUUGCCUUCGUGCUGAACGCCUCACUGCCCUACCACCUGCUGGCGUCGUGCGCUGAGGCCCUGCCCCGGCCCUCCUGGGAGCUGGAGCUCUAUGUCAUCAUCUCCAUCAUCAUGAGCUCCAUGUUUCUGCUGGUGCUGGUCACAGCUUACCUUGAAGCGUUGGGGAUCUGGGAGCCGUUUAAGAGACGCCUGUCCUUCGAGGGAUCCAACUCCACCAUGGAAACGGGGCGACCUUUUGACCUCAGGGAAAUAGUGCGAAUUCAUAACGAUUCAAACACAAGUGAUAACAGCAGCGACAGUAACCACUCCUCACGGGGAGGUGCGUACAGCAACAGGCCAGGUGGGAGACAAAACACGGCCCCGUCCCACCACAACAACAGCAACGGCCACCUGGAUCGGCUCUCCAAAGGGGGCCCAAGCAGAGCAGCUAUGCAGACCAUCCCCAGCACACACAGCCCCACGGCCCUGCCAAUCAACCGCAAGGGAGGCCGCGGCUCCAGAGCCCAGAAUCAGUCCCAACAGAACCAGAACCAGAGUCAGAGCCAAGCGCACCAGGAGGGCAGCCAGCGCCGCUGCUCGGACGACUCUGACUACAGCAGCUUAGUGGAGACGAUGGACCGAGACCUGGACCGACCCGAGUCCCCAGUCACCACAGAGGUGUUCCAGGAGCAGGCCACGUCAUUAGCACAGGCCACACACAGCAAAGCCUCGCAGCCUAAGGGGAAAGCCCAGCAGCAGCAGCAGCAACAGAAGAAGUCGAAGGCCCAGAAGAAGCGUGAGGAGAAGGAGAAGAGGACCAAGAGCAAGCCUCAGGCAGAGGAGGAGCUGAAGCUGGUGGACAACGACGACAGCUCCUCCACUACCACCGAGGCCUCCAACCCCGACGUUGAGGCCGGUGUCAAAGAUGAGCCAGUGAAUAAUAAAAAAGGCCGGUCAGCACCAGUCGCGUUGGAGAAAGAGAAAGAGGAAGCCCCUGAGCCCCAGUCUAAACCCCAAAACAAGAAAGCGGCCAACACAAAACAGCCAGAGCCCCCAACAGACACAAAAACCAGUUCAUUAGAGCUGCCAUACGUGACCCCUCUGGAAACCAAACAGCGCAAAAAGUUCCCAACAAAGAAUUUGAUGCAGCAGGCUUUAGCCAAUACGCCCAAACCAAGACCAGCUUCAAAAGCAGCAACAGCAACAGAAGAGAAGUUGUCAGAGUUCCGCUCGUCUCCCCUGGGCAAGAUACUGUCCUGCAGCCCUGUCCAGGACCUGGUCACCAGCAGCGGUUCAGAGGGCGAAAAGGACACCUCGCCCCCUCCAGAGUGGGACUCCGUGCCCCUCCACAAAUGCCCUCUGACUGUGGACAGCCUGCAGCAGAUCUCAAUGCAGACCCUGAACGCAGACCCCUUCCUUAAGCGCUCCAGUGGAAGUGGCCCGUCCUCGAUGGGGCCGGUGCCGUCCGCCCGGACCUCCUGCUCGUCACCUCCCCCCUCCUCCCCCAGCCUGACUCCCAGAGGCACCUACAGCAGCGUGCUCAACACCAGCAGUGAGACUGGCUCCAAGGGCUCCACUGGAGCGAAGAAUAAGCUCACCAAGUCCGUCUCUCUGCCGGGACAGAACGGCAAUCCCACAUUCGCUGCAGUGGCGGCCGGCUAUGACAAAAGCCCAGGUGGCAGCAGUCUAGCCAAAGCUGCCGUCAGCAGAGCGGACACUCUGGGCAAGGUGUCCCACACCACCUCUGUGGACAGUGAUGGAUCGGACAGCACUGGGCUGUGGAGUCCCAUUGGUAACGCCAGCAGUCCAACCUUCAGUCCAGCCAAUUCCUUCUCUGCGUUUGGGCCCAGCAACACCUUCAAUCUGUCUGGAGUCUUCAGUGGGAUGACGACCCCCAAGAGCAGCGAGCCGCCCCAGAGCUGGUCCGAGUUCGGCUGCUCCUCGCCCUCGUACUGGGCGGCUGCCCCCGGCACUCCUACCGACCCGCUCCACUCCUGGCCCAGCAGCUCCGGAUCUGGACCCACCACUCCAACCACGUCCAUCCUCGGCAACAGCAGCCUGUGGUCCACCAGCGUCCCCUUCAGUCCCUCCAUCUGGUCCACCAGUGGAGACACCUUCCCGCCGCCUUCCGCCGCCCCGACCUCGCCCAUCUCGGACCUCAUCGGCCCCGCCACCGACAGCGGCUGCACCUCACCCACGCUGGGUGCCGUGGGCAGUGCCGUUGGCCACGGCGGGGUGUCCCCCGUGGAGUUGAGCCGCACCUACAACCCCUGGAGCAUGUGGCGGCCCACCCUGACGCGCCGCAGCUCCGAGCCCUGGCCCAACCCCCCCGACGCAGGCAACUAAGAGGCACGACACCACCUGGAGCCUCCAGGACUCUAGAGGGCGACAGCUAAGCUGAGGUGGUUUAGGUGAAAAGCCUGCCCUGUGUUGUCAAAUGCAAAAUCAUGGUUAUGGCGGAGAGCUCAGCAAACUGGACAGGCUUUGCCAACCACCUCAACCAGUGGAUCCCCUCCAGAGUCUUUUGGAGCAUGUAGUGUCUUGAGGUAAUUUAUGGGAACCCAAUGCGGGGGGAGAGGGAAAUGGGAUUUUUGUUUUGGUUUCUUCUCUCACACAGUUCAGGCCUUAAAGCCAAACUUGUUUUUAAAAACAAAUGUUUCAUUUGAGGCCCAGUCAAUAUUAGUGAACAUGACAUGCUGCUGCAUUUAUUUUAUAAAUUCUCAGUUUUAUCACCUGGACAACAAGAAAAGGUUAAGAAAUAAAAAGCCCCAUUGUGGCUGUUUGCCAUUUUGUUAUAUGGCGUUGUGGCAGAAUUGGGAACCAGUUGUUCCUAACUGUUGUAUUGAAAUGAGCACUUUCAUGAAGCCCCUAUACUGAGGGGGAAAAAAAAGAGGAAUUUUUUUCUGUUUUGCGAGGAAGUUGUAAAUGGUUAAUGUGCAAUAGGAAUGUAAAAUGGGAAAACCUGCAAUCUGAGUAAGAAAAUAGACAAAAGAGAAGCCCGGAAAUCAUUGCCACGCAGAUUUAAAUUUAACAGUCAAUGUGGUUUCCUCCACCAUGACUUUUGGUUCUUGGUUUUUAAGUUUCAAAAUUGGGGGAAAAUGUUUUACGUGAAAUUUUAUCCUUUUUUAAGCAGGAAGGAUUGGCAGAAUGUCUAUCUUAUUUGUUUUUUAUUUGUUUUUUUAUUUUGAGAAGUUGUGGUUAUUGGAUUUUGAGGCUGGAUUAAAAGCGUCAGUUUUUUUUUUUUUCUGUCAGGAUCAAAAUGUGAUCACUUCCCAAGUCAAGAAUAAAACCACAUGGCAGAA